CCCGCUAUGAACGCCCGAGUAGAACCACCGGAGGAGAAGAAGAAGAAGAAGAAGAGAAAAACAAAGGAUUCGUCACCACCUCCGCCGUCGUCAUCAUCUGCGUCGUUUUCUUUACUCCCAGACGAAAUCGCCGAGAAUUACCUAGCUCGGAUCUCGAGAUCGUACUACCCAACACUCUCGAUCGUUUCCACAACCUUCCGCUCAAUUCUCUCUUCCACCGAGCUCUACGAAGCCAGAGCUCACCUUGAAAGCACCGAACAGUGUCUCUAUGUCUGUCUAUCUGAUCGCAGUUAUCAAUUUCCCCAAUGGUUCACACUCUGGAUUAACCCUAAUCGAACCUUACCCAACAAGAGGAGGAAGAAGAAGAAGAGACAGUUGUUGGUUCCGAUAACCUCUUCUAAUUUCAAUUCUCAAUCAGUCUCCGUCGCAGUUGGUUCAGAAAUUUAUGUAAUCGGUGGACCAGUCGAUAGAGCACCGUCUUCCGCCGUGAGGGUUCUCGAUUGUCGCAGUCACACUUGGCGUGAUGCUCCUAGUAUGAUCGUAGCUCGGAACUAUGCAUCAGCUUGUGUCUACGAUGAGAAGAUAUAUGUAAUGGGAGGGUGUGAAAGAUUAGAGGACGAAUCAUGGGGUGAGGUGUUCGACACAAAGACUCAGACUUGGGAACUUCUCCCUGAUCCGGGUACUGAGGUACGUAAAGGUUACGCUCAUACACGGAGAAUCUCAGAGUGCAAAGGAAAGAUCCAAUUGGAGAAUGGAAUGAAUGUGUAUGCUUACGACACAAAGUCAGGUAAAUGGGAAUACUGUGAUGAUAUCAAGAGUGAGAUGUUUCCGGGUUCAACAUGUGUGAUAGAUGAUGUUUCUUAUCGCUAUUGGCGUUACGUGUUCUUGUGGUUUGACAUAGAAAAGGGUGUUUGGAAAGAGGUGAAAGGGUUAGAGUUACUAGGAGUUAAGCACCAGAGGAAUGGUGGCGCUACUUAUAAUACGACUAAACUAGUUAGCUGUGGAGGGAAACUCUUACUUAUUUGGGAAGGGUUUUUGAGGUAUUGUUCCAAUUAUAAGAAGAAGAUUUGGUGCGCCGAGAUUGUGCUGGAAAAGCGUGGUGGAGGUGAGGUUUGGGGAAUGGCUGAGUGGGUUGAUGUUGUGCAUACGGUUCCUUCAUCAUGCUCUAAUAAAAAGCAUAGGGUUAUGUGUUCAUCUUCUUCCUCUGCAUGCACAUAUACAUGGGUCCAUUUUGGUUAAGUCAAGUUGUUUUGAUCAUCGGUUUAUACGAUUGGCCAAAGAUGGAGAUUAGAAAGUACAUUUUCCCUAAUCAUAUGUAUUCUUGACCAGUUGGGGAAAGGAGAUAGAAGCAGAGGCAAAAGGAGAGCAAUAAGAGUAGAUGAGAUUAAUUAGUUAAGGUUAUUAAAGUCAUGUUUGUGAACAUGAAACUUCAUUUUGUCAAACUAGGUACAGUAAAUUAGUAUUUGUUGUUGGAUAUAUUAUCUAUCUAAUCCAUUGGUGAUAUACAAAUCUGAUUCCAUUACUUUGUAUUACCAUCUAUGCUUUAUAAAUUGUGAUUGAGUCAUUCGUUUCUAAAAAGUAGGGAUGUCAUGGAAAACCAACAAAUCCGUAGGGAUAUGAUAUUUUUGAUUAACCCUUUUGGGAUCAUCUUUGACUUUCACGAUCCGAACAUCGAUUACUCUUCGCCUCAUGAUCGACACAGAUUCUUCUCAUGAAG